UGGAGCCCGAAAGCUGGGACCUUUGAUGUGCUGGCUCCGACCUCGCCAUCGUUGGUCUUUUAUGGGUCUUGUCUGGUAAGAAUCACUCUUAGUCUUAAGACUAUAGAGAGAGAUAAAGAGAGAAGAUAAAAAAAACAACUCCAACUUUCUUUCUUUUUUUUACAUAAAAACGUCGAAGGAGGAUGUCUCGUUCGGCGACUUGACCUCUCUCUCUCUCUCUCUUUUACCUUCAUUGUUCACUGUUUCCAGACAUUGAAAGAAAGAUCAUUAGUUUCUGAGGGGAUAACCAUUUUUUUUUCUUCUUAAAAAGUUUUUUUUUUUGUCAAUUGGUCUUCUUCUUCCUCAUCCGCUCGCUUAUAUUUAAUUUAAUAAUAAUAAAAAUCGGUGUUCAUUUUUAUAUAAAAGUAUAAAUUUUGUGUUUGGUUGAUCCAUCCGUAGUCGUAGUAGAUCUACAAGCUCUGAAAUUCCACGCCCACAUCUCCUCCGUCCUCUUGAGAUCCUUCUCUUCAUUCAUUUUCUUGCUCAACUUGAGUUGCUUCCAACAUCUUGCAAGAUUGUCUUUGAGUUCAUUCAGGUCUUGAAGAAGAGCACUCUUUUAAGCUGUGUGAAACUUGCGCCGUUCCUGUGAAGAACUACUUUUGGCAUUGCAGAUUUCAGAGAGCUGUGAUUUGUGCUAUCUUAAAAACGGACAAGUUCUAUGUUGUGGCGGAUGAGAUGAGGGAUGCUAUCUGGGUUGAUGAAUUUUCUGAAUGCCUGUCUCUGGCCACGGUCAGAUCAGCAGGCUCGUUCUGCCUCAGAUUCUGGUGGCCGCCAAGAGGGUUUGCUCUGGUUCAGAGACUCCGGCCAGCACGUCUUUGGUGACUUCUCCAUGGCCGUCGUUCAAGCCAACAGCUUGCUAGAGGACCAGAGCCAGCUCGAGUCUGGCUCUCUUAGCUCCCACGACUCUGGUCCCUUUGGCACCUUUGUUGGCGUCUACGACGGCCACGGUGGGCCUGAGACAUCUCGCUUCAUCAAUGAUCAUAUGUUCCACCACCUCAAGAGGUUUACUGCAGAGCAACAGUGUAUGUCAUCAGAGGUGAUAAAAAAAGCGUUCCAAGCCACUGAAGAAGGCUUCUUAUCCAUAGUUACAAAUCAAUUUCAAACUAGACCUCAGAUAGCCACAGUGGGAUCAUGCUGUCUUGUAAGUGUCAUCUGCGAUGGGAAGCUAUACGUGGCCAACGCAGGGGACUCACGGGCCGUUCUGGGACAAGUCAUGAGGGUAACAGGUGAAGCUCAUGCCACUCAGCUCUCAGCAGAGCACAACGCAUCUAUAGAGUCAGUGAGACGGGAACUUCAGGCCCUGCAUCCGGAUCAUCCAGAUAUUGUGGUUCUGAAACAUAACGUCUGGCGAGUAAAAGGCAUCAUUCAGGUUUCAAGAUCCAUUGGUGAUGUGUAUUUGAAAAGGUCAGAGUUCAACAGGGAACCACUGUAUGCAAAAUUCCGGCUGAGGUCACCGUUCAGCAAGCCAUUACUGAGUGCAGAGCCGGCGAUCACGGUGCAUACACUGGAGCCGCACGAUCAGUUCAUUAUAUGUGCAUCAGAUGGACUGUGGGAACAUAUGAGCAACCAAGAAGCAGUAGACAUAGUCCAGAAUCAUCCGCGAAACGGGAUAGCAAAGCGGCUGGUGAAAGUAGCGCUACAAGAAGCGGCAAAGAAGAGAGAGAUGAGAUACUCAGACCUGAAAAAGAUAGACAGAGGAGUGAGGAGACAUUUCCACGAUGACAUAACAGUGAUUGUUGUCUUCUUUGAUACAAACCUAGUGAGCAGAGGAAGUAUGUUGAGAGGACCAGCCGUGUCAGUGAGAGGAGCGGGUGUGAAUCUACCUCACAACACCCUGGCGCCUUGCACCACGCCCACUCAAGCUGCUGCUGCUGGCGCCUCCUGACUAUUGAAUUUUUACGGUGUCCUUAAAAUUCUUUCCAAGAUCCUUCCUGUAACUAUAUAUAAAUAUAUAUAUUUGAUUAUUAUUAUCAUUGACUGGGAAAGGAUAUAUCAUCAUCAAGUGGGAAAGGAUAUAUCAUAAUCAAGUGGUUAGUUUUGUUUGUUCCCUUUGUUAGCUGUGUACUGGAGAAAGAAAGGUGACAAGAAUUCUUCUUCUUCUUCAUUAAUUUUCAUUGCUUGCUUUUUAAGGUAUUACUGAUUCAGACUAGAGAAACUCAGCUUAUUCUCAGACCAUGGCCUUACAAAACACAUGGCCUUUGGUAUGCAGUUGUGUUCUGAACCAAUCAAUAAGUCUCAGCUCUCAUAUAAUCUCGCCUGAGAGU